AUGCAAAAUAUACAGAGUACAGAAGGAGUUCAGUAUAGUUCCCAUCCUCUGAUGGCAGCCAUGAGACCAAGAGUUCAGCCUCCAGAUGUUAGGCAGCCUGUAAUGAUACAGCAUGGUCAGCUGACUACCGUUAACCAAUCACAGCUCAGUGUAUAGCUUGGUGUGAAUAUGGUGAGAAACAAUGUUUCCCAUAACUUACCAUCACCACCUGGAAGCAAGUCUGCAACUCCAUUGCCAUCCAGUUCAGUCCAUGAAGAUGAAGGGGAUGAUACCACUAAGAUAACAGGUGAAGAGAAAUGGCCUGCUUCUGAUACAGGAAACAAACCAAAAAGUCAUAAAAAGAAAAAGAAGGACCCUAACGAGCCUGAGAAGCCUGUAUCAUCCUAUGCAUUAUUCUCCCGAGAUACCCAGGCAGUCAUCAAAGGCCAAAAUCCAAAUGCUACUUUUGGUGAGGUCUCUAAAAUUGUAGCCUCAGUGUGGGAAGGUUUAGGAGAGGAGCAAAAACAGAUCUACAAAAGAAAAACCAAAGCAGCAAAGACAGAAUACCUGAAGCAGCUAGCAGCAUACAGAACAAGCCUCGUAUCGAAGAAUUACAGUGAUCCUGUUAAUGUUAAAACAUCCCAGCCUCUUCAGCGGAUUAAGUGUAAAAAGUCAGUGUUCCAUGGGUCCACCCACGCUCAUUCAGCCCUCUUCCCGAGUUCCCACUCUCACCAACAGCCAAGAAUGAAGACUCAAGUAACUGCCAUGCACCCUAUUCUUCCCAGGAACAUAGCACCAAAACCUGAUAACCAAAGGCCAGUGACUGUCUCUAUAGCUAACGGGACAGUGUCUCCUCCUCAGAUUAGCCCACCUCUUCACCAGAAGCACCAGCCAAUCACAGAGCAGCCAGUUGGAAACCAACUACCAAUGCAGGUCCAGUCUGCCUUACAUUUACCCACAAUGCAACAAGUUUGUAAGAUUGUCAGUGAAAAAGACGGAGGCCCCCCGGAGCCUCCUUGUCCAUUACCAGCCCCACCCGCAACAGAGGAUGAGUCUAGGAAGGAUUGUGAUUCUGUGUCCAUCAACAUGCCCUUAGAUGAUUUCUCCUCCCAAACACUCUGCUUCCGCAUUCAGUUCCUCCAACAGACGUUGAUGUUUAAGAAAGAGAAAGCACAGCUGCUUAAGGAACUACGGCUCCUUGAUUUGGAACUCGCUGAUUGCAUUCCUGGCCCUGCUGUUGCUCUCACUGUCCCUACAGUAACCUCCAAACCCAAAUCCGAAUCCCCUGUUUUGGCCCCCCUCCCCCACACUUAA